AUGUUUCCAGCCACUGGAGAGUGUAGACAACUGUAUCCUCCAUACGAGUUCGGCUCCAUUUUUAUUCAUUAUUAUGGGGAGAUUGGAGGGCUCAGCAACUCUCCGUUCCUCCUUGCAAACAUUGCUUUCUGGAUGGGAUCCACAAUAAGUAUCAACCUGAUGGUUAUCUUUCUGGUUGCCCAAGCAAGAAAUCGGGGAUCUCAUCAUGUUCAGUACAAGAGUAGGAAGAGUCGACGAGCAGAGUUAUCGGUGACGUUGACGACGUUUGCAAUGAUUUUGUCGUUUUUGAUGAGGGGGAUUUGUUUGCAGCAGAAGUUCUUCCACGUGCUCCUCUUGUUGCAGUUCCUCGAUUUCCUCCACGUGCUCCUCUUGUUGGAGAUCCUCGAUUUCCUCCACGUGCUCCUCUUGUUGGAGAUCCUCGAUUUCCUCCACGUGCCGCUCCUGUUGCCGAUCCUUGGUUUCUUCCACGUGCUCCUUUUGUUCCACGGGUUUGUUUCCAUGGACACUCCGGAAGUCGAAGAAAAUGUCGACAAUUCAACGGAAACGAAUUCGUCAAAAUUGGAGCACGUGGGAAGUAAUUCUGCUCAAUUCCCGAUAGUGGAGCACGGUCACAACUUCGUCUACAAGCAUCGUUUUCAAUUCUUUUUUUCGAAGAACUUUCGAAGAACUUUUUCGAAGAACUUGGAAAUGGCUGAGGAUGAAGAGCACACUGAAGGAGAGGAAAUGACUGAGGAUGAAGAGCACACUGAAGGAGAGGAAAUGACUGAGGAUGAAGAGCACACUGAAGGAGAGGAAAUGGCUGAGGAUGAAGAGUACACUGAAGGAGGGGAAAUGACUGCGGUCGAGGAUUUCACUGAAGAAGAAUAA